GGGUAAUUAACAGACCCCCAAAACCCUUGUCCGUCCUGUUUGCGUCCUUAAACCCUACUUUCCCGAGUCUCCGGUACAAACGUUCAUCAAAGGAAAGCUCUGUCUGAACUCUUCAAUGGAGGAACCGAGCUCAGCUUCGAAAGAUCAAGUCAUUGUAGAUGAUGAUGAUGAUUAUAGUGAGGUUGAACGAGCAGAUCCCAGGUUUGAAGUCAAAUUGAACCACGAAGCUAAACUUAAAGAAAUAUUGCAUAUGAUUAAUUCGAUUGAAAAAAAACUAUGCUCAGAUGGUGUAAAGGAGUUCAUUAAGUUACUAAAAGGUAACACUGGAGGUGAAUUGCUCCGUCUAUAUAUAAGGGCUUCUUCUAACUGCUCGGAGCUUCUAGAUGCUUGGAAACUUCAACGGGGGAAGCCCGGAUUGUCAUAUAUAUUGUCACUGGUAUCUACUAUUCUGGGUCAUCCUGAUGGGAUGUACAAUCCAAAUGAUGCGGAAAGAAUAGCUGUUAGUAGGGUUCUUGACAAGUUUGCAAAACUUGUCAUGGAAGAAUACAUGAUAGAUGUUUAUAAGGAACUGAAUAGUACAGAAGUGAAGCACCAAACUGCUGCACUGUUGCUAAUGGCUUCAAUUGUCCGGCGUAGGCCAGGAUUGGCCUCCGAGUUUGCAAAGAAAUUCGACUUCAAACUCAAGGCAUUUUCCAAGCUUUCUGUAUAUAAAAAGAACCAAAAUGAGAAGAGAAUGAAGCAGUCAUCGAGGAAGGCUUUUGUUGGCUUUGCAAUGUCAUUUUUGGAGGUGGGGAGGCCAGGAUUGUUGAGAUGGGUGCUGCAGCAGAAGGAAAUGUAUUCUGGCGUCCUUCGUGGUCUUGGGGAUGACGACGACGAGACUAUUAUUUAUGUUUUGUCCACAUUACGUGAUAGGGUUCUUGUGGAAGAGUCCUUGGCCCCUGGUCUUAGAAGUGUUCUUUUUGGGAGUGUUACCUUGGAACAAUUAGUCAGCAUUUCUGGAAGAGAAACGGAUGGACCUGCUGCAGAGUUGUCGUACCAUAUUCUUGUCCUUGUUUGCUCUGAUCCUUGUAAUGGUUUAAUGCCAGAUUUGAAGAGACACCCAAGUCCAUUGAAAGGUAAUCCGAAACGACUUGUUGAACUCAUGAAAAAGCUAAAAGCAACUGAGAUUGGCUAUCACAGAGACUUGCUUUUGGCUAUUGUUAGUGGGAGUCCCUCUUUUGGUUCAGCAUACAUGGAAGAGUUUCCUUACAACCUUGAAGAUUUUGCAUCACCAACCUGGUUCUCUACUGUUUCUCUGGCUGCAAACUUGGUUUCCUCAGUGGGCACUGGCCAUCCUUUUGGUUUCCUCGAUUCUAGGUCUCAUAAUCCCCCUUUGUUUGAUGAUGAGCGUGUGCAGAGUAUCUUGAAAUGCUUGUUUCCUCGUCCAUUCAGCCGGUCAGUAAUUAAUAAGGGGUUGCUUCACUCAAACCUUGUUGUGAAGCAUGGAACUCUAAAGCUUCUUUUGGAGGCACUGAAGUUGCUGGACUCCUUCAUUGGUGCAUUGAACCAUGGUUCUUAUUUAAGUGAUCAAAUGAUGCAAGGUUGGGCAUCUCUCAAGCAAGAAAUUCAGAAUGAAGUCCGAACCUUGCUCCCUGAUCCUCAAGUUUUACUGACUCUACUUUCAUCUCUGACUCGCCACUCCAAAACUCAUGGGUCUUGUCUGAAGAGAACGGCAUAUUCAGAAAAUUUUACUGAACGUAGCGGCAAUAAACUAAAAAAGCUGAAAAACUUUGGGAACAAGGACACAGAUAUCAUUGUAAGUGGAAUAGGUUCUACUCCGGGCGUUGCUUUGACUGGAGACAGUGAAAGAGUUGUUGGUUCAGUUGCAGGAGAUGAGACUGACAGUGGUAAGGAUCUUAUGGUUGUUAUUGCUGAAAUUUGGGAUUUAGGCCGACACUCCAUGCCUCUGAUUACAUUGGAGGAUACAGGGAUUUUCUUUCAAUCUAAGCUGCUUGAUGCUCUUAAAAUUUAUAUUCGGACAGCACCUACUGCAUUGGAAGGUUCAUUCGAUUUUUUUAUAGGUCUCCUCAAUAAUCCUUUAGCAAUGCCAAUUAAUCUGCAGUACUCCCUCUUGUCUCUGCUAACAGAAUACAUUGGAUUCUCUCCGAGCAGGGGUAUUCCCAUUAGAACCCCUCCACAGAUGUACAAGCAUCUUCAAUCAUUUAUUAACUUGUUCAUUUUUUCGCCAAUCACUGAUAUAAAGGAUCUAUCACAUGGUUUGGCACAAGCAGCUAUGUUUAGUACUGGCGCGUUUGACAAAAACCUAGAUGAAAUUGGAGCAUGGUUCUUAUUUUUACCUAGUUAUGACAGAGGAAAAUCAUCUUUUAAGGUCCCAGAGGUUGAACUAUUGCAGAGCUUGUCUCCUGUUGUUAUCUCAUUUUUAUGUGAUGCCAUUUCUACCACCGGGAAUAAUUUGUUCAAGCAUUGGGAUAUUGUUAAGCAUUAUACAUACCAUUUGAAAGGUGUUAAAGUAUCACCUACUUUCAGUCCUCUUGCUGUAUGUGUCUUGCAGAAGUGUCUAAGGUUGCUAACUUCUGAAUCGGGAAGCUUUACAUUGCCUGAGAAGUCAAUCAUAUCCUUAUAUGUAUGCAAUACAUUAAAAUAUCUCUUACAAACUCAGGUAGAUGCAGGAUUGUUUUCUGCGUUGGUUGAAUCAGUCUUGUCUGAGAGACUUGGUGACCGCUGCUGUGCAGUUGAUGAUUCUCGGGAUUUCUUCUCUGAGUGGAGACCAUUGAAGAACUUACUUCUCUUUUCACAGAGCAUUUCACAUCAACAAACUUCUUGCAUUUUUUCCACUGAUAAAAAGGCUCCACCCGUUGAUAGUUCUUUUGCGAGCACACUUGAUGAAAUUAAAAGACUUGUAAGGAGUGGGGAUGUUGGUAAUAUGGCUGGCGUAACCAAAGCAUUUUCUUCCUCAAUUAUUUGUACCUCACCUGAUGUGAUAUUGAUAAAUUUUCCAUCAGUUAUGACCAUUUCAUGUUACCUUUGUGGAGUUCCUACGUCAAUUUUAUUAUCAAAAUUCUUUCUUGAACAAAGCUUCCUUACCAGUGUUUCUAAGUUAUGGCCUGACAUGUUCUUUCCUGGUCUGGAAGUGGCUUUAUCUACUGUUCAUUGUAAGGACAGUGAGGAUGAUGCCUGUGGAAAUCCAUGUCGUUCUUUGGACUUUCAGAUGGUGGGUUAUGAUGGAGAAUUUGGUGAAAGUGAAUCUGCUGCUGCAUUUGGUUUCUUUUUGAAGCAAUUACCUUUCGAUGUGCUAUUUCCUGCUAUAAUGAACAUUGAAGGUCCUUACUCAUUGGAGCCCUUGAAAAUGCAAGACCUGCUGCUGGCGAAGUUGUCUGACUCUACAGCUGAUUGCCACCAUAUUUCUUAUCUUCGGCUUGUGCUAUUUUGGAUCCAUCAGAUAAAAUUAUCUUACAAGAGUAAACCAUUAAUUGAACUCCAACAACUUGCGGACAUUUGCUUUAAUCUCGCUGAGAACUUGUUAGCUCAACUAUUGAUUUUAAAAACUGAUUCUGAUUCUUCCAGAAAUUUUGGGUUUCCUUUCUCAAGACAAGAUAUUCAAGAAGUGGCUGAAUCCAUCUUUUGUCAUCCUGCUGUGGUAGCAUCAUUAUCCUGUCCUCUUGAUUGUAAAGAAGACUUAGGGAAUAUAAACGUAGCUGAAACUUUGGAUAUGCUGAUUUGUUUAUCCAGGCAGACAGUCCAUAAAUUGGAUCAUUGUAUCUUGAGUAUUUUGACGACAACUUCCGAGUAUUUGUUGACUCUAUGCAGUGACCAAAAUUUUGUAUCAAAAGCUGGAAAAAGUGCCAAUAAGCAGCUUGUGAGGGCUUUUAAUGCCUUGGUGCAAAGGCUAUUUCUGGAAGCCAGGGACAAGUUUGAUCUGUGCAUUCGUACUAAAGAUAUGAUACCUUUUCUUCCAACAUUUUAUUGUCUACAUGCUCUGAUACGUUUUAUAUCCCCAUUUGAACUUCUUGAAUUCGUGCAGUGGAUGUUUAAUAGCAUUGACAUGUAUGACUUGACAGUUUGGAAAUCUUCCAAAACUUCUGCUCUUGCUGUUGGAUUUUGUAUUGCUGCCGGUGCCUUCAAAAACCUGUCUUCUUAUUUGGAGCAUCCAAUUACAAGGAGGGUAUCACUCAAUGUGUUGUGGGGAAUAGAAGAAGAGAAUAUCAAUAUCGACCUCAUUGAGGAGAUCUAUAUUAAGGUGGUUAAUUUUGCCAUGCAUUCUGAAUCCAAUUUUGCAGAUACAUGUUUGCUUGAAGCUGUUAAUGCUGGUAGCAGACAGAAACACAAUGAACAACAGAGUAUCCAUCCAUUAAGUUUGAUAGUCUCAAGGGCUAUAAUGAUAACUCCUGUGGAAAUGCUUUCUCAUUGCAUUUACAGGACCAGCAAGACAAAAGCUAAAUUACUGUUUCUUCUUAUUGAGACUAGCUCCUUACAUUUGUCACUUUUUGGUCACUUAUUUCUGGAUAUCGUGAACAAAGUUUUGCAUGAGGGCAUCAUGACGGAAGAAAGCUGUGGCCUUGCCCUUUCUGAUGAGGACUUUAUCAUUCUUCUGCCUGCUGCUAUGUCAUACUUGAACGCAAUAUUUAUGAAAUUUGGAAAGCAGUGCCAGAGGCAUGUUGAAAACAUGGAUUCUUUGUAUUCAAGAAUUCUUUGGAAUGGUUUCCUUCACUGGAAGAGCUUUGUCUCUGGAAAUGUAUUUGAUGAAGAAUAUGGUGAGUUCUUGCCGUCAUCUACCCAAGAACUUCUCAGUCUUGUGGAUGUCAGUCUUCUUGGAAAAUCUAUUCAUAUGUUGCAGUAUCACUUUGCCUAUGGUGGAGUUUCAAUGAAAAUGAAAAGGCGAUUGAAACUAUUUGAUAAACUUUUCCCACAUUCUACUGCACAAGAUGAGCUGUUAGACUGGGUUAUUGGUGAGAUGGAUUCUCGUUCACUAAACCAGUCAUUAAACCAUAUGAACAGAGUUAUUGCAAAGUUAUCUCUUUGCAGGAUUUUGUUAUUUCCAAAAAAUAAUCAGAUGCAGUCUCUGCAAAAGGAAGCAGGUCGGAACUUGAAGGAAGGUUCUUUGGAAAUGGGAUCAAAUUCAGAUGCAUCAAGAAUGCGGUUUAUAAAUAUUUUGGUGAAUAUUUGGCAAUGGAUUGUUAAGAAAUUGCCUAUACUCUCUGAUAGUUGUGCAAAGGAAAAGAGCACAAACAGUUCUACGCUAUGCAGAUAUUUGGAAGUCUUCAUUUUGGAAAAUAUUUUUGAAUUAAGCAAAGAGAUGCAUGAUGAUCUUGUCCGAUUGCAAUCUGUUCCCUUCCUAGAACAAUUGAUGAGAUCGGCACUUCUAUAUAGGUUUGAGGAUCCCACAACUCUGAAAGCACUGCGACAUAUCCUAACUUCGCUGUGUGAUGGAGAGUUUUCACGUGUCCCUUAUCUGCAGCUGCUGGUUGCCCACUCUCAGUUUGCUCCUACUCUUCAUUCACUCUCCAAAUCAUCUGGUUCUUCUCCUGUUGGUGCAUUUUUAAGGCCUAUGUCCAGUAUUCUGAGAUCACUUGUUAUCCCUUCUACUAAACACAAUGCAGUUAGUGGCAAGUGUGAUGUGUUUUCAAGACAGUUGGAAGUUAUUAAAUUGCUCCGCAGACUCUUUCCGGACAAGGCUCAAUUUGGUUUUGAUUCUGGAAAAGAUUUUGGUAUAAAUUUUAGAGAGUUGCAUUUACUGCUUUUGUCUUCUUAUGGUGCAACACUCAGCGAAGUCGACUUGAUGAUAUAUGGUCUGAUGCAUGAUAUUGAGUCUGUAAAUGGAUCAGACUUUGUGAAUGCUACUGAAACAGAUCACCUAUGGGGAAGUUCUGCUUUAAAAGUGAAAAAAGAACGGGAUGUGGAGCGGGAUAUGUGUUCAGAUAUCAUGACUGAUACUGAAGGAGUUGGGGAACGUCGGAAAAGUCAAUUUAGAGAAAAUCUUUCAAUUGACCCCAAAAUAUGUGCGUCGACAGUGCUAUAUUUUCCCUAUGAUGCUAUUGCACUUGAUGAACCAUUAUCCUUGAACAAGGCACAUCCUCCUGUUGUUGGAAAAAUUGAACGUUACGAUCCUUUUUUCAUCUUGCACUUUUCAGUUCAUAGUCUGUCAUUGGGCUAUAUUGAACCGAUGGAGUUUGCUGGUUUAGGCUUGCUUGCAGUUGCAUUUGUUAGCAUAUCUUCAUCAGAUGACAGGAUAAGAAAAUUGGGUUAUGAGACUCUUGGGAUCUUUAAGUGUGCAUUGGAGAAAUUUCAAAAGAGGAAGGAUGUAAUGCAACUCCGGCUUCUGUUGACUUAUGUGCAAAAUGGUGUUGAAGAACCAUGGCAGAAAAUCCCUUCUGUUAUUGCUCUUUUUGCUGCAGAAUCAUCUUUUAUAUUGUUGGACCCUUCGCAUGAUCACUAUACAGAUAUAAGUAAGCUUUUGAUGCAGUCUUCUAGGGUAAAUAUGAAGGGUAUACCAUUGUUUCAGAAAUUUUUCUGGAGUAGCUCUGUUAAUUUCAAAGCAGAAAGGUUGUGGAUACUGCGCUUACUGUAUGCAGGCCUGAACAUGGAUGAUGAUGCACAAAUAUAUAUCAGAAACUCGAUUAUUGAGACGUUGUUUAGUUUUUAUGUCUGUCCUCUUUCAGAUAACAAUUCAAAGGCACUGAUUCUUCAGAUAGUGAAGAAGUCUGUCAAAUUGCAUAAGAUGGCUCGUUAUGUAGUUCAACACUGUGGUUUGUUUUCAUGGUUAUCAUCUAUUCUCUCAUUCUCCAGUGAUAAGCUCUUUGAAGACAAAGAAAGUUUUUUCUUAAUGCAAUUGCAUGUCGUAUUGGAGGUGGUCAUCGAUGCUAUCUCAUCCAGAAACAUUACUGAGUGGUUGCACAAAGAUGCCCUUGAGCAGCUCAUAGAACUUUCUUUGCAUCUGUACAAAUUCGUAAUUGGUGGGUCAACAUUCAUAGAGGAAAAUGUGGCAUUGCUUGAUCCAUUUCUGCAAAUAAUUAUAUCAACUCUGAAGAUAUCGCAGAAGAGGAAAAUAUACCAGCCCCAUUUUACCAUAUCAGUUGAGGGUUUAUAUCAAAUAUAUGAGGCUGUUAAUGUAUAUAAUUAUGCCUGCUCUUGCCCUUGUGCAGAGGCUGGGCUAAGAGCUAUACUUAUGGGUACACCUGCAGUUGCUAUUUUCCACAUGGGUCGGGAAAAGCUUUCAAGUUUUCUUAUGUGGGCAAUUUCUACUGCUUCAAAAGCAGACUCACAAAUGCCUCAGCUUAAAGAAUCUCAUCCCCGUUUCACAAUUUCUUCAGAGGAAGAGAUCUACGAGGAAUCUUUGAGAUCAAAACUUUUACGUUGGCUAACUGCUGCUGUAAUUCUAGGGAAGCUUUCUUUGAAAUCUAAUGAUCUGGACCCUGAAUUAUCAAAUCGGUUAAAAUUGGGAACACUGCAAUCUUUAUGGGAUCUUAUUGGAAAUGCACGUGAUGAAAGAAUCCAAAAUAGAUUUGGCUGUGAGAAUUUAUUAGGUGCUGUGAUUUUCUACCUCCAACAGCAUCUUGGCAUUAAUUGCAGAGUUCUCCCAUCAGUUAUAUCCGCACUUAGUCUUCUUUUUUAUGCCUCCAGUUUUGCAGAACCCAGAUCGGAUAUCUUCCUUGGUAACAAAACUCUUGUGGCAUCACCGUGUUUGAAGAUACGUUAUCCCGCUGAAGCAAAUCCUUCCUGGAGAUGGUCAUAUUACCAGCCAUGGAAGGAUCUUUCAUUGGAGCUCACUGACUUGCAGAAGAUGGAUGAACUCCAUGCUUGUCAAACGCUUUUGGUCAUUUUUGCAAACGCGUUGAGAAAGAAACCAUCAGAUUUGCAGGUUUUAUCAUCUCAAGAUAUGGAGUCAUCUGGUGUGUAUGAGUGGGAAAGAAGUAUCAUAAAAGAGACGUAAUUUUUAGAUUUUUUUUUUUUUUUUUU